ACUGUGCGCUUCCCUGUCUUUAGGGAGGUAAGGGGGGGCGUGUCCCGGGCCUCGAGCGUCUGAGUGUCCAGUCCUAGCGGGGAAGCGCGUGUGUGCUUGCCCCUGCCUCCCUGGGCGCCUCGCUUGGGUCCUCGGCUCUGCUUUCCCCCUCCUGCCUGUCUCCCUAAACCCCAACCACCUGUACACCCGAGAAAUCCAACUCCUCCCGCUCGGCGCCCCGGGGGGGAGGCAGGGGCAGGGCCAAGCCGCAGAGGGGGCCGCAGCCUCCUCCUGCCUCCUCGUCGUCUCCUCCCCCUCCCCCGUCUGACGCUGCCUCCUCGGGAAGGGUGUUUGGAGGGCAGCGGCCGCCCCAAGCCGAAGCCCCGCAGCGCUUCUUAUGAUCAGCUCGGUGUGUGUCUCCUCCUACCGCGGGCGCAAGUCGGGGAACAAGCCUCCGUCCAAAACAUGUCUGAAGGAGGAGAUGGCCAAGGGCGAGGCGUCGGAGAAGAUCAUCAUCAACGUGGGCGGCACGCGACAUGAGACCUACCGCAGCACCCUGAGAACCCUACCGGGCACCCGCCUCGCCUGGCUGGCGGAUCCCGACGGCGGGGGCCGGCCCGAGUCCGAUGGCGGCGGUGCAGGCAGCAGCGGCAGCUCUGGGUCCGGGGGCUGCCGAGGCUGGCAACCCCGCAUGUGGGCGCUCUUCGAGGAUCCUUACUCCUCCCGGGCUGCCAGGGUGGUGGCCUUUGCCUCUCUCUUCUUCAUCCUGGUCUCCAUCACCACCUUCUGCCUGGAGACCCACGAGGCCUUCAACAUCGACCGCAACGUGACGGAGAUCCACCGAGUGGGGAAUACCACCAGCGUGCGCUUCCGGCGGGAGGUGGAGACGGAGCCCAUUCUGACCUACAUCGAGGGCGUGUGCGUGCUGUGGUUCACGCUCGAGUUCCUGGUGCGCAUCGUGUGCUGCCCCGACACGCUGGACUUCGUCAAGAACCUGCUCAACAUCAUUGACUUUGUGGCCAUUCUGCCCUUCUACCUGGAGGUGGGGCUGAGCGGCCUGUCGUCCAAGGCGGCUCGCGAUGUGUUGGGUUUCCUGCGCGUCGUGCGCUUUGUGCGCAUCCUGCGCAUCUUCAAGCUAACGCGCCAUUUCGUGGGGCUGCGGGUGCUGGGCCACACCCUGCGCGCCAGCACCAAUGAGUUCCUGCUGCUUAUCAUUUUCCUGGCCCUGGGCGUGCUUAUCUUUGCCACCAUGAUCUACUAUGCUGAGCGCAUUGGCGCCAGGCCCUCCGACCCUCGGGGCAAUGACCACACUGACUUCAAGAACAUCCCCAUCGGCUUCUGGUGGGCCGUGGUCACCAUGACGACGCUGGGCUACGGGGACAUGUGCCCCAAGACGUGGUCCGGCAUGCUGGUGGGGGCGCUGUGUGCACUGGCAGGCGUGCUCACCAUUGCCAUGCCCGUGCCUGUCAUUGUCAACAACUUCGGCAUGUACUACUCCCUGGCCAUGGCCAAGCAGAAGCUGCCCAAGAAACGGAAGAAGCACGUGCCUCAGCCGCCUCAGCUGGAGUCUCCCAUUUACUGCAAGUCGCAGGAGACCUCACCCAGGGACAGCACCUACAGUGAUGCCAGCCCCCCAGCCCCAGAAGAGGGUGUGGUUGAGAGGAAACGGGCAGACUCCAAGCAGAACGGCGAUGCCAAUGCGGUGCUGUCAGAUGAGGAGGGAGCCGGCCUCACCCAACCCCUGGCCUCUGCCCCCACCCCCGAGGAGCGCCGGGCCCUGCGACGCUCUGGCACCCGAGACAGAAACAAGAAGGCAGCUGCCUGCUUCCUGCUCAGCGCUGGGGACUAUGCCUGUGCCGAUGGUAGUGUCCGGAAAGAGACCUGCCAAGACGCCCUCUCGUCCAACUAUGCCCAGGCUGAAGUCCUCACCCUCUCUUAAAGCGGCACCAACGUGAGAGAGAGACAGACAGACAGACAGAAAGCCAGAGGCUUAGGGCAACUCUGGAAGCCAGGCAAGAAUCUUUCGCUGGGAAAGACUCAGAUAUCCUUGUUUGCACAGGACUGAUGGAAAACCUCCCAUGUGACCCCUGGGGCCCAGAGCCAUCGGGUCUGAUGUUCUGUUCUGUUGUACAUUGAAGAGAUAUAUAUGCACAUAUAGUAUCUAUAUUCAUACAUACUAUACUCUUGUGUGUAGUGCACGUGCUCUUGGUGGUCUGUCUUUGUUAGGCUUUGUCUCCCUAAGCCCUGGCCCCACCUCAUGCCUCCUUCCUCCCCCUUCACUGAUUCCUUGUUUCUGCUGAAUGUGUGUGUGGAACGUCCCAGGAAAAGUGCACCUGGUACUGCCGGGCCAGCCGGGUGGUCCCAGGCUAGCCUCUCCCUCUUGGGAGCGUUUCCCCGGUGGUCUGGUAGCCUAGGGGAGGCCAGAUCACCACCCCCUACCCAGGGUCACUGCUCCACUAGCCCCGCCCCACCCCAGAUUGGGGCUCUACCUCCCACCCCAUGCCCCAGUUGUCAGGGGACUUCCUGGGGCUCUUCUGCAGCUGCUUCUACUCCUUCCUCCACCUUCCCCGUGUCCUUGACUGAGUGGGGGGUUGUCUUUUUUUUAUUUCCCUGGUUUUCUGUUCUGUCUCCUUCGUCCGUUUGUUUCCAAGGAUGCUGUUGGGCGGACGGGCAGGGAAGGGGUCUGUCUGCCCAUCUGGCUCAGGGGUCUGAGAAGGGGAAGCCGUGGGUGAGCGGAGACCAGUUGCAAUACUGUACUUCCUGGCCGGUGGCCAGAGGAUGCGUGCAAUAGCAGAGGCCAGGUGCCCCCUUCUACCUUGGCCUCUGCCCCUGCCUCGGCCCUCCCUCCCCACUCCCGGCCCACCCUGCCCCUCCCUGGUGUUGGUUGUCCUUUUCUAAAGCCGUCCCCUUGUGUGUCUGAGGCAUGCCUAGGCUGGGCCCUGCAGCCCUGUCCUCAUGCCUUCAACUGUCAUGCUGUGCUCAAGCCCCAAUAAAGACAUCUGGAGCGUCCUGCUGUGCCCGCUGUGUGAAUGACUGCCUUCGCCUCUCCUUUCUGGGUCUGUGGGGACCUCCCCAGGCUUCCCCCAACACCUGAAGAAAUGCAACACAUUCCUCUCUUAACCCUGCCCCCACCAAUG